UCUCCGUCCGAAGCGUUUAGCAGCUGGUUUGUUGGUUCCAUUAAAUAUUAUAUUGACGUUCUGAACGUCAUCAAAGUCGAUUUGGACAUCGGAUCGGUUGAAAUUCAAGAAACAUGGCUUGCAGUAGUGAAUCAUCCCAAUCAUUGCCAUCUAAAUCUAAAACCGACACCAUUGAGAGUCCUAAAGUUGAUGAUAAUGUUACAUCUUCUGGCAGUCAAAUUCAGAUACGCGUGAUAACUUGUGAUUUGACCAACGAAGUACACUUCCGUUUGAAAACUGAGGUAGCGAUGGUCCGUUUGAAAACCGCAUACUGCAAGAAAAUGGGUCAUCAGGUGGAUGAGAUACGUUUUGUGUUCGAUGGUCAUCGAAUCACCGACUGUGAUACACCAAAGUCGUUAGGUAUGAAAGAUAAUGAUGUCAUAGAGGUAUAUCAAGAGAGAACUGGCGGUGGUAUGUAAUGAUUGUAUAAACAUAAGUUGUUUAAUUUGAUCCACUAUGAUUCAUUUUUAAUCCUAUUUC